AUGCGUCGCAAAAAGCACAAGUGCUUUUGGCUCCCUCGAAAGCUCCUCCAGCACUCUGCAGGCGCCGCAGCAGCAGCAAACAGUGAGUCAAACCCUAGCAAGCAGCAGCAGCAGCAGCAGCAGCAGCAGCAGCAGCAGCGGCAGCAGCAGCAGCAGCACCUACGCCCAGGACAUGGGAAAGCCGUCGGCCACCGGCAAAGAGCGGAAGACCUCGUCGACCAGAACCUGAAGGGCGCAGCAGAUUGUGGCCUUGCUGCAGCAAACUGCAGCAGCAGCAGCAGCAGCAGCAGCAGCAAACUGCAGCAGCAGGAGCAGCAGGAGCAGCGGGCGGAAGCGGUAGCUGACUAG